GAAGAGGCCGAGUGCCAGCGUCAGGAGCAGAGCUGGGAGGCGCGUGCCGCGCCAGCGGAGGAGGAUCCCGGAGCCCACGGCAGGUCCUGUCAUGGAGCUGCGCUCGGAGCUGCCCAGCGUGCCCGGCGCGGCGACGGCGGCAGCCACAGCGACAGGGCCGCCCGUGGCAUCUGUGGCGUCGGUGGCGGCGGCGGCAGCUGCAGCCGCCUCGCUGCCCGUGAGCGUGGCGGGGGGCUUGCUGCGGGCGCCCCCGCUGCUGCUGCGGGCGGCAGAGAAAUACCCGCGGACCCCAAAGUGCGCGCGCUGCCGCAACCACGGCGUGGUGUCGGCGCUCAAGGGCCACAAGCGCUACUGUCGCUGGAAGGACUGCCUGUGCGCCAAGUGCACGCUCAUCGCCGAGCGCCAGCGCGUCAUGGCGGCGCAGGUGGCGCUGCGCAGGCAGCAGGCGCAGGAGGAGAACGAGGCGCGCGAGCUGCAGCUGCUCUACGGCACCGCCGAGGGCCUGGCGCUGGCCGCCGCCAACGGCAUCAUCCCCCCGCGGCCCGCCUACGAGGUGUUCGGCUCGGUGUGCGCCGCCGACGGCGGGGGCCCGGGAGCGGGGUCGGCGGCGGGAACCGGAGGGGGCGCCGCGGGCGCAGGGGGCACAGAGGCCAAGUUGCAGAAGUUUGACCUGUUCCCCAAGACCCUGCUGCAGGCAGGCCGCCCUGGCAGCCCGCAACCUCCGCAGGUGAAGCCCUUAUCGCCCGACGGCGCGGACUCAGGGCCCGGGACGUCGUCCCCGGAGGUGCGGCCCGGCUCGGGCUCGGAGAACGGCGACGGCGAGUCCUUUUCGGGGUCGCCGCUGGCCCGGGCCUCCAAGGAGGCCGGCGGCAGCUGCCCGGGCAGCGCGGGCCCUGGAGGCGGUGGCGAGGAGGACAGCCCGGGCUCCGCCAGCCCCCUGGGCUCCGAAUCUGGCUCCGAGGCUGACAAAGAGGAGGCCGAGGCCGCGCCGGCGCCAGGGCUGGGCGGAGGGCCGGGUCCACGCCAGCGGACGCCGCUGGACAUCUUGACGCGCGUCUUCCCGGGCCACCGGCGCGGCGUCCUGGAGCUGGUGUUGCAGGGCUGCGGCGGCGACGUGGUGCAGGCCAUCGAGCAGGUGCUGAACCACCAUCGCGGGGGCCUGGCGGCCGGCCUGGGCCCGGCUGCGCCCUCGGAUAAGGCCGCAGUGGGCGCGGCAGCUGCUGCGGAGGACGCGUGGCCCCGCACCACAGACCCUUGCUGGCCGGCGCCAUGGCGCCCGGGGCGCUGGGCUCGCUGAGCAGCCGCUCGGCCUUCUCGCCUCUGCAGCCCAACGCCAGUCACUUCGGGGCCGAGGCGGGCGCCUACCCGCUGGGCGCGCCUCUCGGCCUCAGCCCCUUGCGCCUGGCCUACUCGGCGGCGGCGGCGCACAGCCGCGGCCUGGCCUUCAUGGCGCCCUACUCCACCGCCGGCCUGGUGCCCACGCUCGGCUUCCGGCCGCCCAUGGACUACGCCUUCAGCGACCUCAUGCGCGACCGCUCCGCCGCCGCCGCCGCCGCCGUGCACAAGGAGCCGACCUACGGCGGCGGGCUCUACGGCCCCAUGGUCAACGGCGCCCCCGAGAAGCAGUAGGGCGAGGGCCCCGCGGCCCCCAACGCCAACCCGGCCUUGUCCCCGCGGGCCGCGGCCCCUGUGCCCUUGGCGCGCGCUCUGCCCCGGCUCGGGUCCUC